AUGAAUUCCAAAAUGAAGCAGAAACUGAAUGCAGAAAAGUCAUCAGGAUCUCUGCAGAAGUACCUCACAGACACCACAUGCAAUGCUGCCCCAAGAAGGACUCUUAAAAUGAUUCAGCCUUCAGCAACAGGUUGCCUGGUUGGCAGACGAAAUGAGAAGAAAUCUUCAGUCAGAAGGAAACUCUGGAAUAACAAGUUCAACUCAAAGGCUUGUAAAGCUGAGGUGUCUGUGGACAAGGAGCAAGAAAAUGAGAAUAUGAAUGAUGUUGUUGAAGCUGUAGAUCUCAUGGUAAAAGGAAGCCCUUCAUCUCAGUAUUGGAAAGAAGUGGCUGAAGAAAGGAGGAAGGCUCUGUAUGAAGUGCUUCAAGAAAAUGAAAAGCUGCACAAAGAAAUUGAACAGAGAGAUGGUGAAAUUGCUCGCCUAAAAGAAGAAAAUGAAGAGCUGAUGUCCCUUGCUGAACAUGUGCAUUAUAUGACCAGCAUGAUUGAGAGGCUAACUGGGCAAGCACCUGACAAUCUCGAGACACCAAAGAGUCUGGCUCUAGACGAAUCCAAACAAGAAAAUGAAGAGCUUAACUGUGGAGAUGAUGCAGACAGCACUUCUGAAGAACAGCCAUCGCAAGUAUCAUGUGGCUUAAAGGAGAGUAUAUCAGAUCUUGCUUCAAAGGAAGCAAAUAAUUUGCAACUGGGAUGUCAACCUUAA